AUGCAUAUUACGCACUUCGUAACAGCCUUGGCCGGCCUGUCCGCCGUUGCCGAAGCUGGCAUUCUCAACCGACACUCUUCUCCGUAUUCUCGCAUGGUCGCCCGUCGGCAAUUCGGCGGCGGCUUCAACGGCGGCAACCGUCGCUUUAGGGGCGGCGGCGGCGGUGGCUUCGGCGACAACAAUAACAACGACAACAAUAAUAACGACAGCAAUAACGAUGGAAACAAUGGAGACAAUAACAAUGAUGGCAACAACAAUGACGGGAACAACGACAACGACAACAACAACGGUGACAACAACAACAGUGACAACAACAACAAUGAUGGGGGUAACAACGACGGUGGAAACAACGGCAACGACGGCGGAGUAAACACCUGUCUCGUUCCUGAACUCAUCCAGCAGGGCUCCAACCAGCCGGGUCAGCCAGGUGAAGGUGGCGUCGAAUCCGCCGUAGCGUCCUGGCUAACGUAUGUCUUGUUAAACAGAGAUGCCGCCAACUUCAUCAACUUCUGCCAGGGCCAGGAACUCACCAACGGCGAGCAGAAGACCGGCGGUUCCUGCAACGGUAUUCCCAUGGGCCGCAUUCCCGCGCAAAACCGGAUGGUCUCCAGCAUCCUGGUCAACCCGUCCCACGACGACAGCAUCGAGCCGAACGUCGACUUCGACAUUCAGGUCCGCGUCGCCAACUUCGCCCCUGGCGCCUUCACUGACGCUCAGACCACGUACUACUCUUCUCCCCAGGACCUCGAUGGCGCGGGCCGCAUCAUUGGGCACACCCAUGUCACCGUGCAGGACCUUGGCGGCUCUCUUACCCCCGAUCAGCCCCUCGAUGCCUCCACCUUCGUCUUCUUCAAGGGUAUCAAUGACCAGGGCGACGGCAACGGUCUGCUGUCUGCUACCGUGACCGGUGGUCUGCCUCCCGGCAACUACCGUGUCUGCACUAUGUUCGCCGCUGCCAACCAUCAGCCUGUUAUUAUGCCUGUCGCUCAGCGUGGUGCCCAGGACGACUGCAAUAAGUUUACUGUUGGCCAAGGCAAUAACAAUGGUGGUGGUAACAACAACAACAACGACGGUGGUAACAACAACAACAACGGUGGUGAUAACAACAACGACGGUGGUAACAACAACAACGACGGCGGUGAUGACAACAACGACGAUGGUGAUGACAACGACGGUGGUGACAACAACAACGGCGGUGAUGACAACAACGGCGGCGGUGAUGAUACCAACGGCGUUGAUGACAACAACGAUGGUGGUGAUGAUACCAACGGCGGUGGUGACAACAACGACGGUGGUGAUAAUACCAACGGCGGUGGUGACAACAACGACGGUGACAACAACAACGGUGGCGGCUUCCCCAACUUUGGCGGCGGCGGCGGCCGUUUCAACGGUGGUAACAACAAUAACAGCAACGGCGGCGGCAACAACAAUAGCGGAGGUGGCGGCUCCGGCGGCGCCUCGGCCGCCAACGCCAUUGCCGGCAUCGCCGCUCCUGAGAUCACCCAGUCCGGCAACGGGGACCGGCCCUUCCAAGUCAACGGCAACACCUUCACGGACCAGCAGACGGCGGCAGUGCGCGCUUGCGACAUCCAAAGCAACUUGUGCAGCGACGCCGUGAACGGGGGCCAGGCCCCCGGCUCCACGCUGCAAAGCUGCCGGGACCAGAUUCCAGCUUGCGUAGCUGAGUUGUCAUAG